ACGGCGUAAGCGCAAAGACGUCGAAGUUCCGUGCCGCGUCGCAGUACGAGUUCUGUCCUCGUGGUGCGUGCGUCGUGGUGUCUUAUAUCUCGAUCAGAUUCGAUUUUGCGUGCAACUAAAAAAAGCGACAUGGCAGUCUCACUUUCCACCGAGGACAAAUUGGAGUACCACUUCUAUCCUGUGACUGCCGGGCAAAUACAGUUUCGUGUGAAAGCGCCCAAUGAUGCUCAUAUCGCACUUACUACGGGACCCAACGAGGGAGACCCGAUGUACGAGGUUUUUAUCGGGGGAUGGAGUAACAGCAAGUCCGUCGUGCGCAAGAACAGGACCAAGCCGGAUGUGGUGGAAGUAGAAACACCUGGCAUUCUGGAUGCCGAUGACUAUCGUGGUUUCUGGAUCAGAUGGGAUAACGGGAAUGGGAUAACCCUCACGGUGGGCAAAGAAGGCGAAUCAGAUCCAUUCUUGAGUUAUACCGAUCCGGAGCCCUUCGGAAUCGGUUACUUCGGCGUUUGCACCGGUUGGGGUGCCACCGGUGACUGGCUUAUUGAGGCCAUAUGCUGCGGCGGAGGUUACGGUGGUCGUCGCAAUUCCUUGAACACCCCUAAUAAGCUAGAGUACAAGUUCCACGCCGUGCGAAGUGGCUCGGUGCUGAUUGACGUGAAAGCCAAGAGCAACGGGCACAUCGCGUUGACCGACCGGAAAGGCGAAUCGAGUCCCAUGUAUGAGAUCAUGCUUGGCGGGUGGGAGAACAAGGCGUCAGUUAUUAGAUACGAUCGCAAACAACCUGACAAGGUGCGUGUGGACACGCCAAAUCUGCUCAGCGAGCACGAGCACAGAAGGUUCUCGAUUACGUGGCUCGACGGCCUCAUCACGGUCAGAUCGGGCGGUCAGAACGGUGCCGUCCUCAUGGAAUGGCGAGAUCCGAACCCCAUUGGCGUGAGCUACGUAGGGGUGCGCACCGGUUGGGGUGCGACCGGGAACUGGAAACUCCGUUUUGAACAUUAUCCCACAAUCGCUACCGGUCAAAGAAAACAUCCCGGUACGACACCAUCCGCACCGUUAGAAGUCCGUGGACUCGACGCGGGAAAUAUAUGCUGGUGCGACGCAUCCGGCGGUAUGAUACCGCCCGGUGCUGUCGAAGGUGGAAACGACGACGGAGUCUUAUUCGUCGGUAGGGCUCAUCACGAAGGUGCUCUCAUUCCUGGCAAAGUAAAACCUAGCCACUCUGUCUGCUACGUUGCUUGGGGUGGUGCCGAGCAUGGGAAGACUGAUUACCAAGUUCUCUGUGGCUGCAAUCCUACGUGGGUGCCCGUGAGUGGCGGCAGUAUCCCGUCCAACGCGAUUCCGGGAGGUGAGACGGAGGACGGGGAACCGCUGUUCGUCGGUCGCGUACAUCACGAGGGCACGCUGACUAUUGGCAAAGUACAGCCUUCUCACAACGUGUGUUACAUAGCUUACGCCGGUUCCGAGAUUGCCUUCCCCGAAUACGAGGUCAUGGUCGGGCAGUAAUCGCCAGAAGAUCCUUCCGGCCACAAAUGGAAAUAUAACAGAAGUUGUUAGACUUAUCGGCAGUUCUGCAAAACGAAGAAAAAAAACUUUCGAUCUUCGCAACGAUCUUAAAUUUUGUACAAACUUAAUACCAUCAAAAAGGGAAAGAUUGUUCUCUAAAUUGUUUUUGUAAUAGUGCAUUAGUUCGAGAAGAAAGAACUAAUAAUCGACUUGUAAAAGUUUCUCUUCUUCAUUUAUCAAAUUUUCAUUAAGAAUUUAUUUAUCGUAUUUAUUCAUCUAACUUUAACAAUAUGUGUUGCGAAUUAUGAAAACGGAAUCUCAAGUGUGCAAACUAGUCUAGUUAUAUCGUAAGUCAAUAAUAUUUGAAAGAUGCUGCGGAACUGAUCGAUAAGCCGGCGCUAUUCUUUAUCAUUUACACAAGCGUCUGCUUUCCGCACAAAGUAUAAUUGCAGUCACGCUAUAGGAAAAGCGAAUCAAACAGCAAUAUAUGUAGCUCGGCUAUAUAUGUCAUACGUGUAUAUUUUUAAUCGGCAUCGGACAUUGUCCGGAAACUGUUAUUCCAUUGUCUCACCGCGAGACAAUAGGGAUUAUAGAUAUAUUUUUCAUAACAGCUGUAUUUCUAACGCACAAUACUUCAUGCUUCUUGUCAAAAGGUAUAUUUUCAGAUUCUAUGUUGUUUAUGAUAUAAAUUAAACGUAAAUAAAUGUAAAAAGUAAUUGA